AUGAGUUGCGGGAGGUUAAUGAGAGGUUUCAUCAUUCCCAACAAGGCUGCACAAUUUUUGGCAAUCAGAGGGUUUGCAGCAGGUGGCAAAGCGAAGAAAGGUUCUAAAGGUGGUGAUGCUCCUAAAGCAGCUGGAUUAAGCAAAGAAGUGAAAAGCACAACAGUUUAUGGAGCCAACAUCCUUAAGGAAGGUGGAGACCCCAAAAUUUUGCCGGACACAGAGUAUCCAGAUUUGCUGUGGCAUCUACUAGACAAACGCCCUCCAUUAAGUGAGCUCCGAAGAAAGGACUCAGAAUCUCUUCCUUUUGAAGACCUGAAACGAUUCGUUAAGCUGGAUAAUCGUGCACGUAUCAAAGACAAUAAUUCUGGCAGGGCUAAAAGCUAA